CGGUCAAUUGAACCUGACCCGUGCGCGUUCAAUUAAAUAUGGCCGACGAUUCAAUUAAGGAGGCGGGCGAUCGAGCAUUAUCGGGAAGCUUAUCAGGCUUGGUUCAGAUUAUGCUGUUUGAGAACAUUGCGUUAAAAUGCGACAUGUAGAUACACGUUAUGUCGUGCAUGACAUAAUCGAUGCUUCAAAGCACAUAUACCGAAUAAGGUUAUGUCUUUUCCUGAACGAACUGUAGCCCGAUUUCAACUGACGUAAUGCGCCUGAGUUGACUGUUCUGUUGACAUGUUUUCGUGACAUGUGUUUCUCGUAUGGUAAAAUUAUCUCGCGCGUAAUUUAUCUGUUGAAAAACGAUCUGCGUGAUUAGUGUGACGGGUACGAUGUUUUCAUAUUCAUGGCCGCGAUUGUUAAAAAUUAAUUAUCUUUCUAAGGCGCCUAAAAGGCACAUAGUGAAAUAUGUACAGGGACAGUCUCCGGAACCUAGAGUUCGAGAAUAUUUUUAUUACAUUGAUCACCAAGUUGUUCCUGGAUGAUGCUCGUAUGAAAAAUUUUACUUCGUGCUUUAAAGACAAAAAGUUCUUGGCAUUUUUUUUCAAGCGUUUGAGGAAAAAUGAGACAGGAAGGUAUAUGGAGGAUUUUCCAUAUAUUUCUCUGUGUGGCCCAGAAAGAAAUUUUAUCAGAUGCGAUGAUUUGCCAAUAGUAUUUACUAAAAUUGUACAGAAACAGAACAGCGAGACAGGAGAAGAUGAAGAUUGGUUUGGUUAUGCUCAUGCAGAAGAGUUACUUAUGGUGCCAUUCGAACCAGAAAAGUUGUACAUGAAUAUUCAAACAGGAAGAGUGUAUCAUCCUGCACCAGAGAAAGCAGGGGGAGUUGGUCUAGUUAGAUCAAAAAUAGCAAUUGAAUUUAGUUCAUUAUUCAAUUUUGAAAAAGGUGAAGAACAUUGUCCAACUCACUUUUUGUGGAAAAGUAAAAGAUAUUCUCUUGAUUCUGGGUGGUGUAAGGAUAAAGUACUACAGACUCUAAGCUAAAAAUAAAUAAAUUUUAUUUUUAAUAAAAAAUGAAAACAAAGUACAAUAUAUAUAUAUGAACAACUUUCAUAAAAUGUACAUAGAUCUUAGAUAAUAACAAAGAUUUUAUAUUUUUCCCUAUAUAAUAGAUUACGUUAUGAUAAAGAUGAAAUAUCAAAAAUUCUGGCUGUGGAAUCAUCGGAUGUUGUUAGUGCCUUUUCUCCAUUUCUGAAAAGCAUUCAAUGUUAUGUGUCCUGUUUUAUUUAUACUCUAUUAUGAAGAAGUAAUUUCAUAUUGCUAUAACUUACUCAGAUAUAUGUAAAUCAAGAAUGUCAGCAGUAUGGCCAGAGAAUGAUUGUAGGCAUUGGCCAGUUCUUGCAUCGAAACACCUCAAAAUACCAUCUAAUCCUGCAGAAAACAGGAUAGACGUAUUUCCCUUCCAUAGCAAUUUAGAUAUACCGCUCUCUUGCUCGAUUUUUUGUCUGAGUACCUAAAUAGUUCCAGUACCAGUAGAAAUCAGUACUACAUAACACCACAUAAGGUUCCAUGUAAAGUAAAAGUGGUAAUACCUGUUUUGAGAUAUCCCAGAUAAAGAUUUCUCCAUUAACUGUACCAGUUGCAGCAACUGGGAAUGCAGGAUCCUUACAGAAUGCUGCAGUUUCUACCCAGUUGCUAUCACUAUUUGCUUCACUAUUCUCAGCAUCUUGGUCGAUAUUCAUAAGAUUACUUCUGUCACCAACAUUCAAUUUUUGCAAAAUCGAAAUUAUCUGAAGAUUGUAAAUCAUA